AUUCAGAAUUGCCUUGUGAAACUCCUAAAUAUAUUUUUACUGAACAUGGAACUACAAGUGUUAUAUUGCACAGUAAAAUACAUUAAACAAAUUUAAUAAUAUACUUUUGUACUAAUAAAUAUUUUUCAUAUUAUAUCAAGACUUUACUCGAGUUUUCUCGGUCCCAUCAUUGGUUCUCUGAAGCAUGGUUCAUCUCUAUUUUUUUUAGCAUCAUAAGAAAUCGGAUAAGAUUGAGCUCAUAUUUCACAAAUGCGAAUCAAUUUUACUGUAAAAUAGAACUCAAAUGAACUGAGACUGGAGAGCAAGAUAGAAGUGGCAACAUAUGGAAAUUGAAAAGUCAUUUUGGUAUUUAUCUGAAAGCUUUAUUGAGCUUUGUGAAUGGACCUUGCGUGAGCUCUGAAACCAGCUUACCACCGUUAGUUCCAGCUCGGUUUUCUUUUUUUCCCCUUAAAGGUUUCAUGCGUAUCGUGACAGAUGUUACAUAAUGACAAAUUCCCCAGCUGGAGCACCUUUAUCCCUGCUGUUUGCAUGAAAUUAGCUUGUCUUGUAGUUCCCUCCAGCAAAAAGAAGUCUGAAACAAAACAACAUUUCGAAAAAAAGGCAUCCAUGAGUUAGCAUUUCUACAGUUGUCUAUAGAGGGGAAGGCUGCACGACAAAGUUUCCAGGCUUGGAAACAACCUCUUAUGUAAAAUUUUUCGUAUGUAUCAGAUGAUUUGUUUGCGUUACGGCAUCUCCACCUAACAUCACCUUCAUCAUGCGCCUAUGGUCUUUCUCUUGCCUGUUUUAUACGUAAAAUUGGAAACGACAGAAACUUUUGCCAUCUUUAUUAAAGGAAGGCAAAUAUGCAAAUAUAGGCAUCAAGAUCACAGUUAGUGGAUUAUCAUCUUUGUAGGUUAACAUGUCCUACCCCAGGGGAGCUUAUACUCAAGUACUCCAUGCAUUUUCAUGAAAUGAGAAAAAACGAUUUUUAAGAGAAAUGUACUUUCUUGUAUUUAUGCCAAAUGGCAAGGACUGAAAGGGAAAAACUAAGAAAGGGAACGUUACAGUAAGGCUCUGUGGGGACUGGGGACUUCAGAGAAACGUGAACCCUGCUUCCUUCCUCUGCAUGAACAUAACACCAGAGGUUUCCAGCCUUUCACACAGUUGUUGAUGGCUUCACACAAUUCAUCUCUACCUCCUGACUCUUUAUAAGGACCCCCAGCAUCACCACAAUUGCACAAGUACAGGCAUUAGAUCCACAAGAACACUUGGGCAGGUUUGUCUGGGACUUUGAGUACCCAUGCAAUUCAUGAUGCCAUUGGAUACGAAUGCUUGUGCACAACCAAUGAGAAGGGCUGGUGAGGGUGCUGGGACUGAGAGGUUGAUGGAAAGAUUGAAUAUUGGGGGCAUGACUCAGGAGAAAGCACUGAGGAAGAGGUGCUUUGGUGAUGGAGUUACUGGAACUGCACGAUGUGUGUUCACAUCAGAUGCUGAUAGAGACACUCCUCAUCUUCGGACACAAUCCUCCCGAAAGAAUUAUGCUGAUGCAAGCCACGUUUCUGCUGUCAUUUUGGGUGGAGGCACUGGAGUUCAACUCUUUCCUCUGACAAGCACAAGGGCUACCCCCGCUGUUCCUGUUGGAGGAUGUUACAGGCUUAUUGACAUCCCUAUGAGCAAUUGCUUCAAUAGCGGAAUAAAUAAAAUAUUUGUGAUGACUCAGUUCAAUUCUGCUUCUCUUAAUCGCCAUAUCCAUCAUACAUACCUUGGUGGGGGGAUCAACUUUACUGAUGGGUCUGUGCAGGUAUUGGCUGCUACACAAAUGCCUGACGAACCGGCUGGAUGGUUCCAGGGUACAGCAGAUGCUAUCAGAAAAUUUAUGUGGAUACUUGAGGAUCAUUACAAUCAAAACAACAUUGAGCACGUUGUAAUCUUGUGUGGAGAUCAGCUUUACAGGAUGAAUUACAUGGAGCUUGUGCAGAAACAUGUCGAUGACAAUGCUGACAUUACCAUAUCAUGUGCUCCCAUCGACGGGAGCCGAGCUUCUGACUAUGGACUGGUGAAGUUUGAUGAUUCAGGCCGUGUGAUCCAAUUUCUUGAGAAACCAGAGGGUGCUGAUUUGGAAUCGAUGAAAGUUGAUACCAGCUUCCUCAGCUAUGCAAUAGAUGACAAACAAAAGUAUCCCUACAUUGCAUCAAUGGGAAUUUAUGUCUUGAAAAAGGAUGUUCUUUUAGACAUUCUGAAGUCAAAAUAUGCACACCUGCAAGACUUUGGAUCAGAAAUUCUCCCGAGAGCUGUUUUAGAGCAUAAUGUGAAGGCAUGUGUCUUCACAGAAUAUUGGGAGGAUAUUGGAACAAUCAAAUCAUUUUUUGAUGCUAACUUGGCCCUCACCGAGCAGCCUCCAAAGUUCGAAUUUUAUGAUCCAAAAACUCCUUUCUUCACCUCACCUCGAUACUUACCUCCAGCAAGAUUGGAGAAGUGCAAGAUCAAAGAUGCAAUAAUCUCCGAUGGCUGUUCCUUUAGUGAAUGCACCAUUGAGCAUUCUGUCAUUGGAAUCUCUUCACGCGUUAGCAUCGGGUGUGAACUCAAGGAUACCAUGAUGAUGGGUGCAGAUCAAUAUGAAACUGAAGAAGAAACUUCAAAGCUAUUGUUUGAAGGCAAGGUCCCAAUUGGUAUAGGCGAGAACACAAAGAUAAGGAACUGUAUCAUCGACAUGAAUGCUAGAAUUGGCAGGAACGUGAUCAUUGCAAACACUCAGGGGGUCCAAGAGUCUGAUCACCCUGAAGAGGGAUACUACAUAAGGUCUGGAAUUGUGGUGAUCCUGAAGAAUGCAACCAUCAAGGACGGGACCGUCAUAUAAAAGCAUAGAUAGGCCUUGGAAUCGCACCUCCAGUCAUCUGAAAACUGGCAUCCAUUGAUGUGGGAUUUUGAUGCAUGAGUUGGAUUCAAGACGGAUAGCGUAGCCUCCAUGGCGAAGUGGUGUUUUUGGUUUAGCUAUAUGCCUAUAUGCAAUAAGCUGCCUGAGGAAGUCGCGCAACCUUUUGUGUAAUUUCAGGUUUAUGUACUUGGUUUGUUUUGGAAUGGGAACUCUAUUAUUGGUAUUCUGAAGUUUGCACCUCUCUCUCAGCAGACUUGUCCUGUAA